AUGGUGAUAAUUAAUUUUAAUGUUGGUGGUCAACAAUAUUCAACAACAGUUAGUACGUUGUUAGAAGAAAAGCAAUCAAUUUUCACUCAAUGGUUUACUGGUGGAAAUAUCAAACCGCCCCUGGAAGAAGACAAUAAAGGAGCGUACUUUAUCGAUAGAGAUCCAAUUAGUUUUGGAAUAAUCCUCAACUACCUACGUUUAAAGUCAAGCAAACAAUUAUGGCAAGCAUGUCUACCUAAAGACCCAGAUCGCCUGGCUUUGCUUACACAAGAAGCUGAGUAUUACAAACUGCAUCAAUUACGCGAACAAGCGAUAGCACUACUACAGAGCUGUACGGAAAAAACACAUCUUCCUUACGUGAAUGAAGUAAUUCCUUAUAACUAUGUUCUAAAGUUUCUUGCUUGUUAA